GAGGCACCGCAGAGGGCGCCCCAAACGCCAAGCAAGUGAAAACAGACAAGCAGCUCCCUGCCUACUGCAACCCACCCAACCCCUGCCCCGUGGGUAAAACAGCAGCCAAGGACAACUGCGUGGAGAACUUUGUCAACAGCGCCGAGAACAACCAGAAGCUGCUGUCAGAACAGGACUGUCCCUGCGACACGGAGCACAUGUUCACGUGCCCCGCCGGUAGCCAGACCGUCUCCUCCAAAGGUCAAGGCAACACCCAGCAGAUGAACCUCAACAAGGUCAUCGACGAGUUGGCCAAGAUGGAACACAAUGGAGAAAAACUGGAAAACAACCCCAGCAUGUCUGCCACGAGAAAGAGGCUGACAGUGGUGGCUAAGAAAUCUCCUCACAUGAUCAAGAAGAGAUCGGAAAUCUCCGACCACGGCAACCCAUUUUUACAAGGCGAGAAGAUGGACAUUGCUGCCAAGAAGGAUCCCACGCUGGCCAAAAAUUCCAUGCACAACUGGAGAUUCCAGCACAACUAAUUGCUUCCCCUGUUCAUAGAGUUGCUUCCCUUGUGAUUUUGUCCAAGCCUGUUCUAAAAAUAGAUAUUUAUUCAUCGUUCUACUUCAAACAGACAUUCUUCCACAAUAUUUUUGCCUUUAAAUCUUUCGAACGGUUGUGAAAAAUUGUUUCAAAAUAAUAGACCAAUCUGAUUAAAAAGCAUUGAUAUUUUUUUUCAAACGUCACCUCAUCAACGGAACAAACUUGAUUGAUUUCAAAAGAUUAACAUCAGAGUGACGCAACCAAGACGACUUAAAUAAAUUAGUUAUGGGGGAUAACAAAGUUUGAAGGCCUCCUCUCAUACUUUAGAAAUAUUGUUUCGUAUCUAAUGUUGUAUCUUGUUGAUUCUUGUGAUUCGCAUUUUUAAUUUAUUGAUUUAACUAUUUAUUUAUAACUGUACACAUCUGACCAUCGCGCACGUGAUUCUAGGCAACUUUUGGCGGGAAACCGAUCAGACAAUGGGACAAACCUCGCGGCCACCAACAGACACCAAUCAGCUGGCUGGGUCCUAACUUUUGGCUGGGUCCUAACUUUUGGCUGGGUCCUAACUUUUGGCUGGGUCCUAACUUUUGGCUGGGUCCUAACUUUUGGCUGGGUCCUAACUUUUGGCUGGGUCCUAACUUUUGGCUGGGUCCUAACUUUUGGCUGGGUCCUAACUUUUGGCUGGGUCCUAACUUUUGGCUGGGUCCUAACUUUUGGCUGGGUCCUAACUUUUGGCUGGGUCCUAACUUUUGGCUGGGUCCUAACUUUUGGCUGGGUCCUAACUUUUGGCUGGGUCCUAACUUCACAGACCGAAUGUUUGGUUAGAAUGUUUGACAGACAGAACAUUUGGCUUUUGAUCUUGACACAUUCUUGGAUCUGCCACUUGAUAUAUUGUCUGAUUUUUGAAAAAAAUAUCUCGCAUCAGUAAAAAUAAACAUUGAUACUUUA